AUGGGCAGUCACAGCUCCAAAUACAAUCCGAUGCGUGCCAACAUCCUGACCCGCGUGAUGUCCUGGCCCGCCCUGGUCUUCACCUUCUGCACCUGGGUGGUGUUCCUGGCGGGCAUCGCCAGCCUCCAGCGCACCUGCGCUGAUGGCACCACCGGUCUGGGCCAGACGCAGGCGCGCACGAUUACGGCCCUGCUUCGCCCGGGUCGUGACCCCGGGUGCUGUGUCCCCUACCAGGCGGCCCCGGACAACCUCAACACCUUUGGCACGCAGGGUAUCUUCGGCUGGAGCGGCAGCGUCCUGCCCUGCCUGCGCCUGUUCCGCUUCUACUGGUUCAUGAUCGCCUUCCUGCUGGUCACCCUGCUGGGCGCCUUCGUCGCCUCGGGCCCCAAGUACGGCCUGUCCAGCAGCCGCCCCUUCUGGAUUGGCAUGUUCACCAUCAACACGCUGCUCUUCAUGAUCGCAUCAGAGGCCACCCUCGCGGCGCUGGACUCUUCGCCCUUCAGUAGCGGCCAGCCGUUGAUGAGCAUGCGCACCGCUGCCGCCGGCGCCAUCAUGACGGUUGUUGGCUGCAUCUUCCUGCUGCUGACCAUUGGCACCGACUGGGAGAACCGCCGCGGCCGCGCAGGUGUGGCCAAGACUACUGGUCCCGGCUACGCUGGUCAGCAGGGCCUGCCCACCACCGCCGCCGGCCCCGGCGCCCCCGUCGGCGCCGGCGGCCCCGUCACGUACACAGGCAACCCCUAA